AUGCCUCCUAAGUACCGUGGGCGGUUCGGCAGCGGCGCGACCGCCGGCGGGGCCAUAGGCAGCGCAAACGCGGGACAGACGGGUGUGGAGCGGUUGGAGGAGGUGCUGGACGUGAACCUGCCACUGCCGCAGGUGACGUCAGCUCCGUUCGGGCGCAUCGGACCGGCCUUCGGAUAUGGCUUGGGAUGCGGCGCCGGCCUGGGGAUCGGUCUGAUGGGCGGCCUUGGUUUAGGCUGGGGCGUGCCGGGCCUCAGGCUCGGGAUGGGUUUCGGCGCGGGUUGUGGUGUGGGAGUGGGGUUCGGGUAUGGAGUAGGGAGGGGAAGGGCGUAUGACAGGGAGGGGAACCAUACGAAUCUGCACGGGGGUUCCAGCUACCUGUAUGCAAGGAAAUUGACUCCUGUUACAGGCCGACCUCGGAAAGCUGAUACUCCACUGUGA